CGCUCAAUAGCUUGCAGACUAUAAUAUAUUAUUUUUCGCACACUUGGUUUAUUUUGUUGUUGUUAAUAUUUUGUUCUAAUUUUAAGCGAACAAAUAAAUUUUAUUUUAAGAACAAUAUACAAUCGACUGCAAAUUAAAUAAAUGCUGUGUUUUAAAAAUUUAAUCAAAUUAACAAACAAUCACUUGAUACAAAAGAAUACAAAUUGGCAAACUCUAUUACAGAAUUCGGAAUUGAUUGCAGCAGCUCUUAACCCUAACAAACGCAACAUGUCCUCAUCGAACUAUAAACUCACUGAGAUCGAAGGUGAUUUGUUUAGCGCUCCUAAAGAAUAUAGUUUAGCUCAUUGUGUGGCUGCUGAUCUUGGAAUGGGAGCCGGUAUUGCCGUAGUAUUUAAACAAGUUUAUGGUCAAUUAGAUGUUUUACGCUCACAAGAUGUACAAACUGGCGGAGUAGCUGUGCUUAAAGAUAAUAAACGCUUUAUUUACUAUUUAGUAACCAAGGAUCAAAGUUGGGAUAAGCCAACAUAUGACAGCUUGAGAUCAUCUUUAAAUGCCAUGCGUGAGCAUAUGCGCUCUAAUAAUGUACACAAAUUGGCUAUACCAAGAAUUGGUUGUGGCAUUGACGGCCUUGAAUGGGACAAAGUUAGCAGUGAAUUGAAUGGCGUAUUUUCCAAAGAAGAUUUGGAAAUUGUUGUUUAUAAUUUUGUACCCAAGUAAAUGAAAUACAGCUUAAAUCAUAUAUGUAUGAACACAAAUUUACUUUGUAAUACAGUUAUUAGAAUACAUUUUUUUCUUAAAUAAAAUGCAUAUUCCUACUUUGUAAGUAGGUAUAUAAGGAAUAAUAAAACAAAAAACAAUACAAAUUAA